CGGUGCGCAUUUGCGAACAGACGCCCUCUGGGAGCGCACAGACUUUGCGGCACUGUUGAGUUUUCUAGCAGCAUCUUCAGAGGGUCAGAUUGUGCAGGCAGCCCUUCUCCUCCUCUUCCUCCCCGCCCCACCUCCUCCACCACCUUCCUUCGGUCAUGAUGCGACUUUGAGCAGCGAGAGGAAGUUAAGAGCAGAACGAUCCAGCUCUGUUCUUCCUGCCUAGAGAUGAUGUUCUCUUCCGCCGGGAAGCGCUGCUUCACGAUCGAGUCUCUGGUCGCCAAGGAGAGCCCCCUGCCAGCCGAGGACCCCAUCCGGCCGACGGCACUGAGUUACUCCAACCCGACCACAGAUGCCUUAAUGAGCGGCUACCAGGCUCCGGCGGCCAGGCCUCUCUACCAGAGCCCGGAGCUGGUGUUCCCCGAGGCGGUGAACCACCCGUCCCUCACCGUGGCCCCGCACCAGCUCGGAGGCUCCCACCUGCAGCACCCGCACUUCUUCGGCACGCAACACCGGGACCCGCUCAACUUCUACCCGUGGGUGUUGCGGAACAGAUUUUUUGGACACAGAUUUCAAGGGAACGAGGUGUCCCAGGACGGCCUGCUCCUGCACGGGCCCUUCGCCCGGAAGCCCAAGCGCAUCCGGACGGCCUUCUCCCCGUCGCAGCUGCUGCGCCUGGAGAGAGCCUUCGAGAAGAACCACUACGUGGUGGGAGCCGAGAGGAAGCAGCUGGCCAACAGCCUGAGCCUGAGCGAGACCCAAGUGAAGGUUUGGUUCCAGAACCGACGAACGAAGUACAAGCGCCAGAAGCUGGAGGAGGAGGGUCCGGACAGCCAGCAGAAGAAGAAGGGGAACCACCACAUCAACAGGUGGCGCAUUGCCACCAAGCAGGCCAGCUCCGAGGACAUCGACGUGACCUCAGAGGACUGAACCCCCACACGAGCCUGAGCG